CGAGGCCGCCCUCGAGUAGCGGUUCUUCCUCCAACCAGGUGCGCAGGACGCGGGCGUGACAGACACAGAUAGGGUUGGGCAGCCCAUGCUAGAAAUCCACAAUGAGCCUCCCUAAAAGGGUCUCCCUCUGGACCAUGGUGGACGUGUUUGACUGGGUCAAGGAGAAGCACCCCUACCAAAAGAGUGUCCUCCAACUGGCCAUCGUGAAGCAUGACAUAUCCGGCCCACCACUGCUGAUGAUGGGUGAGCACCAGUUGGAGAGGAUGGGGGUGAAGGGGGAGCAUCUUCAGGACAUCCUACUGGACAUUCUUCGCCUCAGGGUCCAGGAGAAACUGGAGAACAUCAACAUCUUCUCUGGUGAGGGAUUCUACAGUCUCCUCUUAAAGAGAUAGUUAGACAUUUAGGCAGUUAAGCCAUUUUGUAAUCUUACCCAGAGUCAAAUUAACUCAUGGAUAAGGGAGAGUGGGGUAAGUUGAGUCAAAAGGGUUAGUUGAGCCAUCCUUGUUUCUAGGAAACCAUACACAAAAGUAAUAAUUUGACCAAAAUGUAGGAAGAGGUCAUCAUUUGAUGGAGUCCGAAGGAAGAAAUCACAUGGAAAAAAUGGUAAGCAAGUUAGGUCCAAAAAACAGAUUUUCAACAAGUCAAAUUAAUUUAUUGUGUUAGAUGUUUCAUGAUGCUUGUAUCUAAACUAAAGUAGAUCAUUUUAAGAUCUUCUAUGCAUCAGUUGGGGUCUCUAUAAGCUUCAAUAUGAGGUCCUAAACCCAGCAUGAAAGUGCAUCCUUGUAGCUGUGUGGGAAUAUAGUCAAAAUGUUUUCCUUGGGGUACGUUGUGGCAAUGGUUGUGCCAAUGGCAAGUUUAGAAAAUGGAAGUGUUUUCUUCCCAGGCAUAAUAGAAGGCAUUAUCGCUGGGAUAUGAGGUACCAACAGGGCCUAGCCUAUAUUAUAAGUGCUUUUUUUUUAAGUACAAAGGGCUUGGUAUUUGUUAAGCCUGUGUUAAAUGAUCCUUAAAAUUAUUAAAAGACAAAAAAUGAUUGUGAUUGUGUUAAAUUGUGUUUGGGGAAAUAAAUAUAGACAUGGUUUUAAAAAGGUAGUGGUAAUAUUUCAUUCAGUACAGAAGUUUGUAGGGGGCUUAACUUAACCUAUCCCGUGGCUCAACUUAACCCAUAAUGAGUAAGCUGUGCCAAGAGACCACUUUUUUUGGACAAGCUGUGUUUUCAAAACUGUAAUGUUUAAAUUAAUUCUGAUUAUUUCCAGGGAUACACCACAUCCUGAAUAUAUAUAUAUACAUAUAGAUACAGUGUCUUUGUUAGAAAGAAUACUAUAUUUAUGUUGAUGGAGUGAUGCUGAAGGUAAAAAAUGUCUCUACUUACUCCACUCUACCAUUUUUACGUCUGAGUGCAGUUUGAAGGAAGUUGAAGGUCAAUUCUGGAUACAUUGCUAACUAGCAUUAGAGCAAUGACUGGUUCUCUACUGGUGCAGCUAGAAGGAUUUCAUCUGACUCUGAGUAAGUAGAAAAAAAGGGUUUGAUUGCCAGAAUGACAAACUAUCCCUUUAAACUGUAUCAGGAAUACAGUUGUAGCCUAUAUCAACGGCAUCUUCUUUGAUGAAGAAGUAACUACUGUAUUGUCUAAAACUGUAUCAUAAAGGGACAGACAUAUACUGUGUCCUCUUAGAUUGCAGAAAAAAUUCACUUGUAGCCUAUAUCAGUUGGCUCAUAUAAACUCAGACAGUGCAAAUACUGCGAGAGAGUCAUACAAGGUUCCAUCAUCAGCCAACAUGAUUGACAGACAUGUAUUUCAUCAAGAAGGUUAGCCUAGAGAUACAUAUCCCCUGCCAAGAAUAGAUUGACAUCGAAAGAGAAGAGAAAGCCUCUGAUGGAUUAUUCAACAGAACUGAAAAGAAAAGACAGAACAAGUUACGCUAUUUGGCGUGGAUACAUAAAACAAGUUCAAGUUCAAUACUACAGAUAAAAUAUGUUCACCAGGGUUUUUGUUCACAGUGGGGUAUGCUUGCAUUUAAAAUGUAUUUUUAACCAAAGGUUUCUUUAGCGCUUUCUCUUUUGAGUGUUUCUCUUCAUGACUAGGAGAAGAUGUCUCUGAUAUUCUUAUGUUCCCCAUCUACGAUGUGGAGGUCUAGAGAAGACAAAAGCAUUUGCUUUCAGGAAUCAUUGACCUGAAGAAAAAAGGCCAGAUUGGUUUUGGCACAGUGGUAUUUUCACGGACACUUCUGUGAAUCAAGUCCUUGCCUCUCGCUCUGUGCUGCUCUUGCAGUCUUAUUUUUUUUUACAAUACUCAAUACACUAUGUGGCAGUUAUUGCAGAGGGAGAAUAUAAUUCCCCAUUGAACAGGGGAUACAAUGCAUCCCUCAUCUGGACUAAAUGUUGCAAUCCCAUACCCAUCAGUGAUUUGGCUAGCUAAUGGCCUGUUAUAUUACUCUCAGGAGAUCCAGUGUGAAUUAGAAGGGAAAGUAAGUCAAUUAGUCUCGAGUUAAAUGUAGGGACACAUGGCCAUCAUUUAGAUAACAUCCCAAAUGCUGCUCCAAGCUAUUAGGUCUUUCACAGGGAAGGUAAUGGGGGAUCGUUUAAUGGGAGGUUUCCGGCAGAGACAAAAUGUCUAAUGUAUUUGCUUAUAAGUUCGAUGCUGGAGCAAAGAUGUUGUGUCUUCUGACUGACAUCGGCGUCAUCAUCUUUAUUUGUCUUUUGUUGCUCCGAACCUCAUGCUUGCUUGUAAGAUGUCGGCUGUGUUUUUUCUGUCGAUCACAUACGAUCACUGACACAUCUUGGAAUGAAACACAACUAUACAUAGAAACCGUCCAGACAGAGAUGUAUGUAUAGGCAGAGAUUUCCUCUUUUAUUUGGUGCCGAAUCAUAUUCAUAUUACUGUAACAGUCCAUUGUGUUAUCAUGUGUGUAUUAUAUGUGCUAGUUUAAAGUGCAUAGAGAUACUGGUUUGGCAUAUUAAGGAUUGUUUUCAAGUUGA